AUAAACAAGAAAUCCAGUUUUGUAGUGAGGUAGCCGAGUUCUGACUGGGGUGACCACCGAGAGAAGGCGGGGCAGGAUUGCAGAAAGACCAUCCGAAACCCGAUCUCGGAAUUUCUGUUCGCAGCCUCUUAGGCAGGCCGGGGACGGGGCUGAAAUAGCCCAGGUCGGCCUGGACGGGCCUCGCCUUCCAAGAGUCUGCGCUGAUUGGCGGCGGUGGGAUCUCGAGGAGCCAAUCAGAAGUCAGGACUCUCGGUCCCGGACGACGGGCGGACCCAGGAGCUGUGAGUCAGGCGAGACCUCCGAUGUAGAGCGCAGGACUGCGGCUAGAGUCCCUGGCUGCUGGAGAGCGGGAGUCACCUCAGGACCUCGGGUCGUUGCGGAAAUAAUGUCAACUGGAGAUGGUCAGCAAUCACAGGCUCUUACCAAACCCACUUUCAGUGAGGUACAAGCCUCUGCAUUAGUGGAAUCGGUAUUUGGAUUAAAAGUUUCCAAGAUCCAGCCACUUCCUAGCUAUGAUGACCAAAACUUUCAUGUAUGCAUUUCAAGAACCAAAGACACUACAGAUGGCCCAAACGAGUAUGUCCUCAAAAUAAGCAACAGCGAGUCAAGCAAAACUCCAGACCUGAUUGAAGUGCAGAGUCACAUCAUCAUAUUUCUGAGAGCGGCUGGAUUUCCAACGGCCUCCGUGUGUCGUACUAAAGGAGACAACAUAACCUCUCUCAUGUCAGUAGAUAGCGGCUCUGAAAUCAAAAGCUACUUGGUGAGGCUGCUGACUUAUCUCCCAGGAAGACCUAUAGCUGAGAUUCCCAUCAGCCCCCAGCUAUUAUAUGAAAUUGGAAGGGUAGCUGCCAAAUUGGAUAAAACACUGGAGAAAUUCCAUCACCCAAAGUUAAGUAGUCUUCAUCGGGAGAACUUCAUCUGGAAUCUGAAAAAUGUUCCUCUUUUGGAGAAAUACCUGUAUGCCUUGGGCCAGAAUCGGAAUCGAGAGAUGGUUGAACAGGUUGUUCAGCUGUUCAAGGAUGAAGUAAUGACCAAAUUAAGUCAUUUUCGAGAAUGUAUCAAUCAUGGAGAUCUUAACGACCAUAACAUUUUAAUAGAGUCCAGCAAGUCAGCCUUUGGAGAUGCUGUAUAUCAAGUGUCUGGGAUUUUAGAUUUUGAUGACAUGAGCUAUGGCUACUAUGUGUUUGAAGUGGCAAUCACCAUCAUGUACAUGAUGAUUGAAAGCAAGACUCCUAUACAAGUAGGAGGUCAUGUCCUUGCAGGGUUUGAAAGUGUAGUCCCACUGACACCUGUGGAGAGGGGUGCUUUGUUUCUACUUGUAUGCAGUCGUUUUUGUCAGUCACUUGUCUUAGCUGCACACUCUUGCCAGCUAUACCCAGAGAACGAAGAGUAUCUCAUGAUUACUGCAAAAACUGGGUGGAAGCACUUGCAGCAAAUGUUUGACAUGGGCCAGAAAGCUGUAGAAGAAAUCUGGUUUGAAACUGCCAAGUCCUAUGAAUCUGGGAUCUCCACGUGACCAGAUAAAAAUUCACACUAACUUGGGUAAUUAAAAACCAAUAGGACCAAAUCUAAUUCCAUAAAGGGUUUCCCUGCAUAGUUAAAGAUGAAUUGAUGAAACAUUGCAAUGCACAUGAAACCACUAAGGUCUUCUAGCAAUUUCAUGACCAUUUUUUAAACCUAAGAAAGUACUACAUGAACAAGCAUGUCUUUCUAUGGGUCUCACUUGCCUUGUGUAUCAAAUGUGUAGAGUGAUAUUCUGAAUCAGAUAAUCUCUCAAGGUCUGUUGCAGCCCUGAGAUCAAUGAUUUUUUUAAACUUUGAAAGGAAUAUAUAUGUAUAGACAUAUUCACAUAUUUUAAAUAAGUGGAUGUAACACGCAGACCUAGUUAACAUAUCACCAACUCUAUGAAGCCUUCUCCCAUCUCUUUGUUGUCCAGAAUCCCAUUGUACCCUGUCUUCUGUAUGGCACGUCACUUGGUAUCAUGGAUGAUGGCUGUGUAGUCAUCUAGCCUAAGAGCUAUUUGAGGGCAAAAACUAUGUAAAACUUUUUUUGUCUUUCAUCCCUUCUUACACCCGGUAUAGUGCCUUUCCCAUGGUCUUUAAAAAUAUUUACAAAAUUAAUGUAUCCUAGAAGAAAGGCUGGAGAAAAUAAGGCACACAUAAUGCCUUAGGAGGAAACACAGAUGGUAUUCAUAAGAGAAACCUUUAACUUGUUUGAGAGAGCAGUUGAAACUGUAACUCCACAGAUAGAUGCCAGAACUCACUGGAACUGCAAGGAAGCAAAUAACACACCCAGGCAAGGCCACUGACUCCUGAAGUACUGAAAUAGUUUUCACAUCGAUACUAAGAAAGACCCUAAGCGGAUAUUUUUAAAUUCUCUACAAUUUAUGUUUCUUUUCGUAUGAAUAUGUAAUAUUGAAGAACAUAGCUCACAUGUACUUGACUUUAAUCAUACCACUGUAUUUCCUUCACUGAUUUCUCUUCAUGUCCCCCUUAGUAUGAUAUAGUAAAUAGCUGUUUACUUCUUGUCAUUUUAACCCUCCAUUCUCUACAGAUGACUCAAGUCUAGAACCCUGGCCAUUCAAACACCUUCUCAGUAGUUAUCUCUUUCAAUAUAAAUGAGAACACAUUGAUUCUGUAUCUCUCCAUCUAAUGACCUACCUAUAGAGCUAUCUAUACUCCCCAAACUAGGUCUCUCUCUGAAUUUUCUUGUAUCAUUCUUAUAUUCACCUUUAACUUCUCUGCACCUCAAUUUCCUUAUCUGUAAAGGUGAAGUAGUACCUAUCUUAUAGUGCCUGUGGUACCUCAUAGAGUUAGUUGUGAGGAUUUCUUAGAAAUUAAUGCAAAGUUCUUAGCACAGGGCUUGGCACAUAGAAAAGACUUAAUAAAUACUUACUAAAUGAAUGAACCAGGUUACCCAAACCCAAAAUAUUGGAGAAGUUUUCUUUUUGCCUCUCUCAUAUCCAAUCAGUGAUCUGAUUCUUAGGAAUCAGAAUUUUAGAUCAGUAAACGAUGAUCAAAUCCCUGUCCUUCCUGCCUUACUGUUUAACAAUAUAUAAUAAAAACAAAUAUUUAUUGAGCACUAAGUAUUUAAAAGAAAACUCUCUCUAUUCUCACAACACUUCUGACGCUAAACAUGUGGAGUUUUCCUUCGCAUUAAACAAUCCUGACACUAACUGUUUGGAGCUAGAGCAGACCCCCAGGUUAAGGGCUCAGUCCCACAAAACUGCCUCCACUUCAGAUGCCAGCCUCAAGUCCUAGGUUGUACUUCUGACCAACUGGCUGUAAGUUGGGGGUUCCCAUGACCCCCUCCUCAGGUUCUAUAAUUUGCAAGUACAGCCCAAAGAACUCGGGGAAAUGCUUACUUAUGUUUAUUAGUUUAUUUUAAGGGUAUGAUAAUAAAUGAACAGACAGAGGAAGAAAUACGUAAGGUGAGAUCCAGAAGGGUCCUGAGCACAGAAGCUUCUGUCUCUGUGGAGUUGGGGGUGCACCAUGCUCCUGGCAUGUAGAUCUGCUCACCAAGCCAGAAGCUCUUCAACCUCUUUGGUUAGGGCUUUUAUGCUGGCUUCGGUUAAUCAGAUCAUUGACCCCUGGUUGAUCAAAUCAUCUCCCCUCCCCAGAAGGUGGGGGGUGAGACUGAAGUUCCAGCCCUCUAGUCACUUGGUUGGUUCCUCUAAUAAUCAGCCCCCAUCCUCCAAGACUCACUUCAUUAGCAUAAAUUCAUAUGUAGCUGAAAGGGUCUUAUUAUGAAUAAAAAAGACGCUCCUCUCUCCCCUACUGCUCAAGAAAUUACAGGAGUUUUAGAAGCUUUGUGCCAGAACCG